AUGACCGACUACGACACGCCGUCUACGGCGCCCAAACCUCGAAAACGCGGCUUUGCUUUCGUCCUUCUCGCCUCGUAUGUGACGGACUGGCUCUGCUUGAUAGCCGCCGGCGUGGUGGGGACCAUCCUGGGCAAUGUCACGCCCAAUAAGCGCCCUUUUCGCCUCGAUGACCCCAACAUUGGAUUCGCCUUUACUGAGCACGAGACUGUAUCGUCCGCGCUGCUGCUCACGUGCAAUGCCGCUAUUCCCAUUGCCAUCAUCUUGAUCGUGACCUUGAUCUUUGUGCCGGGACCUACCGUCCCCAAGGGAACCCCUCAGUCCCUCAUCUGGAAGCGCAAGCUCUGGGAGCUGCAUGCAGGAUGGCUGGGACUGGCCAUGUCUCUAUGCGGCGCCUGGUUCAUCACCAGUGGCAUGAAGAACAUGUUUGGCAAACCGCGCCCGGAUCUGCUUUCGAGAUGUCAACCCGACUAUGAAAAUGUCGCCAAAUACUAUGUGCUCAACAAUGGUGGCCACGGUAAUCUUAGUGGGCUCGUCUCUGCAGCCAUCUGCCAGAAUACAGACUCUAGUCUACUCGACGACGGAUUCCGGAGUUAUCCUUCUGGCCACUCCUCCUCGGCUGCUGCUGGUCUCAUCUAUCUAUCCUUUUUCCUCGCCAGCAAGUUCUCCGUCGUCAUUCCCUUUGUGGCGACCUCGGGAUAUUCGGCCGAGUCGAGUGCGGUUGCCUUUCCGUCACGACACAAUGGCGGAGCCGCUGGAGCCAACUCUUCUUACAAUCCCCUGUCGCACGCCACAGACGAGCUUUCGAGUCCUGGCGAUCCUUCCGUGGCCAAGCAGAUUGCAUCGCACGGUUCCUCUGUUCUAGCAGUCAGAAGACAAGCGGCAGCACCUCCAAUCUACCUCCUCGUGCUGACUCUGAUCCCUUUCUUCCUGGCCAUUUUCAUUGCCAGUUCCCGAUGGUACGACUUUAGACACCAUGGCUUCGAUAUUCUCUUUGGAUUCAUCAUUGGUAUCAUUACGGCUUGGUUUUCAUUCCGCUACUACCAUUUACCGAUUUCUUCAGGCGCUGGUUGGGCAUGGGCACCUCGCAGCCCCGAUAAGUCGUUCUGGGCCGGAGUGGGAGUGUACUCGUGGGCGACGGACAAGAAGCACUGGAUUCGACCGGGUGAUGAGGAGGAAGGGCUUGCAGCAAGUUACGCCAAUGAUAUUGAGCUUCGCGGCAUGCGGUAUAGACAGAGACCCGAAGGCGGCCUGAACACGACUGAGAGCUCCACAGCAAUCACCAAGGACAGGAAUCAGCUGAGUCCCACGGACGACUUUAGCACUCGCGACGACCGUGCGUCAACGUCGCAUGAUGAUCACAACAGGAUCUAA